AUGUUAAUAUUGAUCUUGCUAUUUUAGCUGACGUUAUCACAGCCAUUCGAAUAAGAAAUUAUGGAAUUGGAGAUAGAGAAACAAUACGAGUUUUAUGGUAAAGUGCCAGGUACAUCAACUUUUGUUCUUUAUCCUGUUCAUUUCUAUAAGUUCCGUGUUUAGAACGUGAUACCUAAUGAGGACGUUUUCGUAGUGUUGAAAGCUCUUCAUGAUCAAAGCUCCUUCCCCUCCCUUUACAUCAGUAAGGAGAAUAAUUAUCCAACCAUCUACGAUGAGUUGUGUGGGAAUAAGGGAAUGGAUGUUUGUGUAAUCGAAGAAAAGGAUUUGAUUGCUAAUGUGACUUACUAUUUAGGAGUAUAUUGUUUAUAGGAUUGUGAUUAUGAAUUAACCAUCCAUUAUGAAGAGGAAAAAGACUUGGAAUUGGGAGAAGCAGUCAUUGUCAAAUUCGAUAAUGAAAUAGAAAGCAUCCUAAAAAUCGGUAUGCCUAACUCAAUGGAUGGAGUCGAUAGAAUCCUAAUCCGAGCUCACUACAUCUAAGACAGGAACACUCUAUUGAAUGAGUCCUUCCACUUCUACAUCAACGAAGGAAAUGAAACUCCAUCCCCUAUGCAAUUUUAGUAUGAGGCAGAGGAGAUUUGGAUGGUAGGAAAAGGAGCAGUCAUCUACAAAAACAGUACCAAUCUUAUAGGGAAUUUGACUGUGUUGUUGUUGGGAGUCCCCCAUUCUAGAUUGUAUUUUAUUACAACAGUUUAUGAACGAAUCAGAGAAAUAGAGUUAUUUGAAAGAACCGAUGACUUAGUAUUAGAUAAGAGGACUAAUUACUAUAAGUUGAUAGUUAGUGAUGAUUACUUGGAAUUUCUGGAAGAGAACUCGUUGUCUUUUGACAUCCAUCCCUUUGAAGGUAAUCCUGAUAUAUAUAUAUCACCUUGUCAUAAAGGGGAGUGUUCUUUGGAUUACAAACUCUACCCAUGGCAAUCACAAUUAGAUCUAGGCUAUGAGUCUAUCACGAUAUCUCCCUAAAAUAGGAUUAAUAAUGGGAAUGAGAGUCUAUUCAUUAUUGCUAUAAAUGGAGUCGAUGAAUUCUCAAGUUAUUCAUUCGUAGCCUACUUGAGUAAUUACUACAGUAGAUUAUUGUCCAUUUAUGCAUUUGAAUCCGGGUUCUUGGUGUAGAAUGAAUUCGCAGAGUACAUCGUUAGGAUCCACGAUGAACUCAACUAAACAUUUACUAUAACUGCAAGCUAUCCCACAGGACAUGGUAUGAUCAUAUUGAAGAAAUGCAUAAAGAAUAAGACAGAAUUGAAUUCGGUGGAGAACCAAUUUAAUUACAUUGUGAAUGCAGGACCAGAUAACUUCUACAAUUGCUCAAUCACAAAAGAGCAGAUAGACAAACUCUAAGAUGUGCAAUACUUGAAAUAAGGGAUUUCAGAGUUGUAUUCAGCUGAAAGCAUAAUAUAGUUCAAUUACAAUAAGAGUGAGUGCGAGACUAAUGUUACUAUGCUCAAGUACGAGAAUGAGGAGACUAAUUGUCAAUACGUGGUUGGAGUGUACAGUAAUGUUGAACACAUGAAUUACCAAAUAUACAUCAAGGGAUAAGAAUAGCACAUUGAAUUAACAGAGUCAUCAACUCAUCGCAGUUAUCUGUUGGAGUAUGACACAGACUUGUAUUCAUUCACAAUCGACGAAGAGGAUCUAACUGAAGUAGUGUUCCAAAUAACAGCCAUCACUGGAGAAUAUGAAGCUUAUGCUUCAAGAACCUAUGAUAAACCCAAUUCCACCUUCUAUGAUAGAUAUGCUAACAUGGAAUUGGAUGUCUUGUAAUAUAAGGCAGAACCUGCUAUCCAGACUUUGGCUGGCUAGUAUUACAUUCGAAUAGUGGCCAAGGCUUUACUCAGAUACUCCAUAACUCCUCUUGUGUAUAGGAAAUCACAUGAGGAGAUCAAUUACAUUCAUCUCACUGAAAGCAUCUCCUACACUCAUUUACAGACCAAGAUUGAUUAGGCAACAUAUUUUAAUUUUGAGUAAAGACAGAAUGGUCCACUCUUCAUUCAUCUCAAUGGGAUCUAUGGCUAUUUCAUCUGCUACAUAAUUGGCACCAAUGGAAUCAUCGGAGAUAAAGUUCCUGAUGAAAGUCAAUAUGAUUUUUCAUUCAGAAGCUCAUAACACACUCUCAUAAUCGAAAAUCCCAAGCGAUAUUACUAUGUUCAAGUCAGCUCAGUUUCUCUAGGUCUCAACGAAUCCUAUGAAAUUCAAUUCACCACUUCAAGUUCCCUCAUGGAAUUGUUCUAUGGAGACCCACUCAUUACUCAAUUGGACAACAAACAUUAAUCCUUUUAUUACUAUCUGUCCCCCUACACUCUAGAAAAGCUCUUUGUAAUCAGAACAUAUACAACCGAAGUGAACGAAUAGAACUAUCUCAAAGUGUAUGUCAGCACGAAGAAUAAAUUUCCAAGUAAAGACAACUGCGAUUUCGAAUUAUUGGAUUCAUCUACCUACUUGACUUUGAACAAUAUCACAGAAAACAUGAUUGUGUACAUAGGUGUUGAGAGUAUUGGAUACAAUGAAUAUUCCUUAUUAAUUCGAGGAGUGUCUGGUAUCACUGAAUUAUUGGAUAAUACUGUGUAGUAGGUACCCAUCCCUUCAUUCGAAUAAUAUCAAUAAUCUAAUUUGUAUUUUGUGGUUCCAAAGGAUCUCAAUAACACCAUUCAAAUCUAAGCAUACACUCUUUUUACUGAGAUUGAAUUGUUCUGUUCAAUUAAAGAUUAUUCCCUUGUUUUUAAAGAUCUAAAAAACAACAACCACAGCAUAUUCCCCACUUCUUCUAGCUACGACAUCGAAGAGGAGAUCAGUGCCAGUGUGUCUAAUAAAUUGUUGAUCAUCGAAUAGACAGAUUUACAGAAAUGCAAGAAUUAUAGACAAGGAUGUGUGUUAUUGAUAAGUGUGAAAUUGGAUCAAUAGUCAUUAUAUUCUUACAUCUUUGGCAACUCUUACAACAACAUCUCGACAGUGGAUGGAGAGGACGGCUAUUUCAAUAUAAUGAUAUCUACUGAGUAUUCAAUAAUUCGCAAUGGAGAAAUGUUGAUUGGUCAUUCCGGAGAGAAUAUCAUGUCCUAUUAUUACUUCUACGUAGACAACCCUGUGUAAUUCAUUCAAAUUGCAGCCAGACCCAUAGAUGAUUGUGAUCCAGAUAUCUAUGUGAACAAACUAGUCGAUGAUAAGAUCUCCUACCCAACUGAAGAUUCCAACACAUAUAAAUCUAUGUCAUACAAAUCAGACAUUCUGAUAAUCAGAGAGCCUGACAACGUUGGAUCCUACAUAAUCGGAGUUUUAGGAUUCAGAAAGGAAUGCACUUAUGAGUUGCUGUUAAAUUUUGCCGACAUUGAAUUGUAUUACAUAUCAAAUGGUCAAUUUGCGGGGCAUCACAUCAAUCAGACAGUUUACUAUUUCUAUCAGCAUAUCCGAAAGGAGUCCUUCCGCAUAAUGGUUCAAGGAAUGAAUAACGUCGAUGUGGCCAUCAAUACAUACUCCCAGUAUAAUGAUAGCGAGGAUGGUCUUUUUGAUCUCCUCCCUUAUUACGGAACAGAUGACAUCCAAAUACUUCAGAAACACAACGACAACCUCUUUGGUGGUAUAAUUUAGAUAAACCAAACAAAUAAACACUUUUGCUAUUAUUGCACUUACAUCAUAGCCUUGAAACCUUUGAGGAGUGCUGACAUUCAACUAUUAAUAGCUUAUAAUUCAAUACCACUGGAUGUUGAGUAUGGAAGGAUCUACUAUGAUCAAUGUGUUGAUACUUGUAAGUAUUACGUUGAACCUGGCGAUCUGAACAUCUUUGUGUAUUCAUAAAGUAUUGAGUUGAACUUUUAUGACGAGGACACCUAUUUGUACAGCAUGAAUCUUAGUUAUUCUCAACACAUUAUUCCAAUUAAUUCAUCACAUAUAGUCAGUAUUGUCAAUCCUCAUGCAAAUCAAGUGGCUUCGUAUUGGUUGAGUCUAUAGAGCGAAUAGAACUUUGUCGAUUUGCACCUAGGUAAAUCAUACAAGGGCAACAACACAGCUGAAUAGAAUGUUACGCAAUUCACAUUCACACCAAUCACAGUAGAAUAAUGGUACACUGUGAUUGUGAAUUCGCAAUCCAUUGUCAGAGUGGAACUCUUUUAUAUGUCCAAGAAUGUGAGUGAAUUUAUAUUGAUAAAUCCAGUAUAAGAAUGGAGCAUAAGCUAAUCGCAAGUGGAAUUGAAAUACUAAUUGCCCAGUGUGAAUUAUUUCUAUAAGAUUACCUUGUCAUGUAAGGGGCAAUACAGUAUCACAUUAAAUUUGGAUGGUUUGAAAUACAUCGAUUCUAAUUAGCAUUAUGUUGAACAAAUCUAAUCCGCAUAAAUUUACAAUAUUUUUGGUUCAAAAGGACAAGAAUUGCUCAUUGAAAAGAUCGAUUGCCUAGGCCAAACUUAAAGCAAUAUUAGUUCCUAUCAAUUUAACAACUUGAGUGAUAUCUAUUUCAAUGUAACUCCAACCUCCUUUGCAAGCUACACAAAAGAGGGGUUAUCCAUAAGGAAGAACAUCUACAGUUUGGUACCUCAUCUACAAUAUUCUCACGAUGCUUGGUACUUCAAUAAGAGUAUCACUUAUCAAGUGGAAGAGAACAAGGAGAAUCAGACACUUAUUGUUACUGUGGACACGAUGAGCAGAAACAAGACAGGACUAUUAGAACUCAAGAUGCUUAUUUACCAAUUGCAUUACUCCAAUCAAGAGAACUUUAUGAAUGCCUUUGGUUGCCAAAUGGACAUUGAAUCUCUCAAAUAUUACACUAGCAAUUAACUGUACCAUAGCAAAUCCUUAUAGACAGUCAAGGAGGAGAACGAGAAGGUAACCUUUCAAGUGCCUCGACCUCAGAGUUAAAAGGUGCUUUAUGGCCUGAUUGUGUUCUAAGCCUUCUAUUAGGGAUAUGACUCCCCCUAUACCUAUUUCUAUAACACUAGUUUGAUUUACAAUGGGACCCAAUCAGAUGUUAAGAUCGAGGAGAAGGAGGAUGUCAUCAACAAGAAUGAGGACUAUGCGAUGAUGAUUGGAAUUGCAGCAGCGACCUUUUUGGUUCUGAUGGUGUUAUUUUUGGGCAUAAGGAAGGUGAUAUUGAGGAGGAAAUAAGCGAAAUUAGGGAAACCAAAGAAUGCAACUGUGGAUGAGGAAUGGGAGUAAGUGAAAGCAGUAUGA